AUCAGUGCAUUUGGAAAAAGACUUUCUAACACGUCUAAGGCUGUUCAGAGUCAUAUGAAAAAAUCUGGCGCCACAACAGGUGCUAAAAUUUCUCGUGAAAUUCGUGUGGAUGAAAUUCCAGAGGGCGCAGCCAUUGGCAGUACUGUGGCUAUUGACUCCCUCCAAAAGGGCGACACUGUAAAAUUAACGGCUAAAUCAAAGGGUCGUGGUUUUUCUGGAGCCAUGAGACGUUGGAAUUUUUCUGGAGGCCCGGCUUCCCACGGAUCAAAAUUCCACAGACGCCCUGGAUCUGCGGGAACAAGAACAUGGCCCGGAUUUGUAAUGGCAGGUAAACGUGGUCCUGGUCACUUUGGUGACGAAACAAUCACGGUUCGAAAUGUUCAAAUUGUAGAAGUGAAUGCAAAAGAUGGAUUAAUUUUAGCCCAGUUCCCGGAGCUCGUAAUGGCCUUUGAGUUGAAUAUGGCAAAAAUAGAAGUUUUAAAUUGGGAUAAGAAAAAAGUUGGAGAGAUUGAUCUUCCAGCUGAUGUUGUAGAGCGUGAAGUCAAAAAAGAAUUACUUCAUGCCAUGGUUCGUUGGCAGCUA